GAAAGGACUUUUUGAAUAGUCAAAAAACGCGUUGUGAAAAUUUCGCGAGAUUUGCGAGCGACAGAGCGAGAGAGAGAGCGAUCGAAGGAGGCUUUUCUUUUUCUUCGGAGCGACGACCGCAGAAGAAAACCCAGCCUAGAGAGGAGGAGAAGGAGCAAGAAGACAAUCAUCAAGACGGGCAACAGCAGCAGCAACAAGAAGAAGAAGAUGUGAUUUCCUUUCGGGCGCGAGCAGUUUUUCGUCUCCAAGUUUGGGAAAUUUUGCAAAAACUAUUUUAGUUUUUAAAUUUUUAUUUUGGAUCAUAAAAAUUUUCAAUAAUAGUUAACGAUAGACAAUUUUCUAAAAGACAAGACAUUCAAAAAAGAGCAUCACCAAAAACAACAAUCCAUCCGGAAGGAGCAGCAGCACCGGAACCAGGCCCCUCCCCCACCACCACAUCAGCCGUGGCCGCCGUCGUGGACGAUGCCAAUGUUUUCUCAAUUUCAAAUGAACUUUCGCGCGUUCCUAGUGCUAGCAUCGAAGAUAUGGACCUGCCUCUGCUACAUGUUCAACCGGCAGGUUAGAGCGUUUGUACAGCAUCAACCGGUGAAAUAUGAACUGUUCCCGCUGUCGCCCGUGUCCCGCCACCGGCUCGGGAUGGUCCAGCGCAAGACGCUGGUGCUGGACCUGGACGAGACGCUGAUCCACUCGCACCACGACGCGAUGCCCCGCAACACGGUCAAGCCCGGCACGCCGCACGACUUCACCGUCAAGGUCACGAUCGACCGGCACCCGGUGCGGUUCUUCGUGCACAAGCGGCCCCACGUCGACUACUUCCUGGAUAUUGUGUCCCAGUGGUACGACCUGGUCGUGUUCACCGCCAGCAUGGAGAUUUACGGCGCCGCAGUCGCCGAUAAGCUGGACAACGGGCGGAACAUCCUGAAGCGGCGCUACUACCGGCAGCACUGUACGCCCGACUUUGGCUCGUACACCAAGGACCUGUCGGCGAUAUGUGGCGACCUGAACAGAAUAUUCAUCAUCGACAACUCGCCGGGCGCGUACCGCUGCUUCCCGAACAACGCCAUCCCGAUCAAGUCCUGGUUCUCGGACCCGAUGGACAUCUGUUUGCUGUCGCUGCUGCCGCUGCUGGACGCGCUCCGGUUCACCAACGACGUCCGGUCCGUGCUGUCGCGGAAUCUGCACCUUCACCGUUUGUGGUAGCAGGUAGGUGGCAUCGGUGGUGCGUCCCAGCACAUGUCCUACUUCCUUUUGCCGAACUAAGGCACAACCUUCAAAACACAAACAACAAACGAACGAACGCGGAAUCGCUGGAUCGCCCGACGGGUUGGGUUUAUUAGGUUUUUUUUGUUUUCUUUAUUCUUUUUUUGGUUCUUACUGCAGAAUUUAAGUAACACAUUUUUAAGGUGCGCUGUGAGACUUGCGAAAGCUUACAAAUAUUCAUUAAUUUUAUUUUAAAUUCUCUUGUCUAAAUGUCGAUCGGAUGUUGCAAGAUCACAUUUCAAAAAGAAAUCCUAAAACGUAGCGGUUAAAAGAGAAAAAAUGAAGAAAAACAAGCAAAAAAAAAGAGUUUGAAGUAGGCAUAAAUUGUAUUACGUACAAUACAUUUAAGUAACUCAAAGUUAUCGAGGUUUUUGACGCAUUUUGAGUGAUCUUUUCCAGAUCUCCGAAGGCGUGCUGCUUCUUUUGUUGGCGCAUGAAAUUUUCUUUCUUUUAUUUAAAUUACUUAAACAAAGCUCAUGCAAUGCGCUGGAAAGUACUCCAAGCAUUGUCGUUUAUUGUUCCCUGUUUUGGCUAACCGACGGAUUGCCGGACUUUGCACACGUUGAGCAAAAUGUCAAUUCGACAUUGUUCGAUACGUUUACCUGAUUGUUUGUUUUAAUAGCUAAGAAUGUACACGUUGAAGACAGAAUAAUUUAUAUUAAAAUAUACGGCAAAAGAGAAUCAUUUUGUGAGUGUGGUAGAAAGAAGCUGAAUACUUAAAAACAAAAAAAAGUGAGUCUUUUUAAGUGAAAAAAACGAGUGACACACACACACACACACACACACACACACAAAUUUAGUAAACUUAGUACCAACAACAACAAAAAUCAUAAGGUUACCUCCUGUCAGUACAUUUAAGCAAAAAUUUAGGAGGAUUACACUUUUUUAGAGGUUAAGAUAUUGCUCUACAAAAACCAACCAACAGAAACACUUUCAUCAAACGGAUUCGCGCACUCAUUAAAACAAAUACGAACUCAACGAUUGUUGAAAUUAUCGUAGAACGUUCGCGAUCGCGAAGGGCGAUUGCUCAAACCAAAUAAAAUGCACUUAGGGCAUCUCCACCUAGGGUGGCCAAUCGCUAGAAAAAUGGAUACCCGUUUAGCCACCCUCGGUGGAGAUGCUCUUACACAAACUAAACCUAAAACUAAAUAAAAACAAACACCCACACGACUGGUUGUGUCCUCGAAAACAGGCAAGCUUACAAACUCUAUCCUUCCUCGUCCUCAAUAUCUUUAUCCUUCCGAGAAUCCGACACCUGCCUCGAUCGCGCGCGGGUCACUGAUUAGAAGUAUUUGUCAAUCUGUAUUAUCUUCUGCUGCUGCGCGACACAGUUUUUGUCCGUUUCUCUCGUUACAAUCAAUUAUUUAAAGAGAGGCUACCAAAUAAUGUUCUUUUUUGUGUCAACAGUUUGGUUUAAAAACAACAACAUCGAGACAGCCAAAAAGUAAUAAGUUCCGAAGUAAGAUUCUUCCCCGCCUUACUCUUUCCCGCCCGCGGAAUUAUUUAAGCCCGACUUAAGCGUAAGCAAUACUCUAGCUCGCACCAUCCUCCUAACCAAAUGCAUUCACUCUUUUUUGUGUUAAGGCUUGUGUUCAAUGUUAGUUUCCUAGUUUUGUUUUCAUGCAUCCACAAACCUAAUUUGGCCUACAUUUCCCCCCCAAAUCUUCCGCGACCGAGACUAACACUCUUUCCCUUCCCCUUUCGACUUACACUCUGGCGCCAUUGACCCCACACUGAGAGGUGAUUUUUUGCAUAAGACAAAUUCUCUUAUUAGCGAUGUAAGUCGGAAACAAAUAUAAUAAAAUAGCAACCAACCAGAAUGGGAGACAACAAAACAAAGAUUAGCAUUUUGGUAAAAUUACUUGUAACACUCUUUGAUGAAAAAAAACACAAGCAAAUAAUCGAUAAAAGAAAAGGGGAAACACACACACUAUACAAAGAAAGAAAAGCAAAACAAUUCUAUCUUAAUCCAUUACGAUAAAAAAGUAAGCAAAACGAAGACGCAGGUAAAAUGAUUUAUUCGAAAGAUUCACUUCACACAAAAGAAACAAAAAGAAACAGCGAAGAAAAUAAAACCAAUUUACAGUAAAGAACAACAAAGUAAAUAAACACACACUCAUCUUCAAAGUUCCCCCUCUCCCCAUUUUAUUGCGUCAUAGGUAUUAAUUUGUAAAUAUAGUUUGAUAUAGUUUGAUAUGUAGAAGAGAACAUCAAGAAAACAAAGCCCAAAUAAGAAAGCAGAAAAUGAACAAGAUAGA